AUGGCGAAGGACAAAAGGGGCAGAAUGAUCUCUAACUCUUACGAAUCUGAUGAGGAUAAAUAUUCCAAGCGAAUCAAAAAACACCACCAUAAGAUAAAUUUUGCAGAGAAAGGUCCCGAUAAUGGUUCAUAUAAAAAAAAAAAUUACGAAAAUGAUAAAAGUAAACUAAAUUUAAAAAAAGACCAAAAGAAAAAUUCAAAAGAAAAUUUAAAUUCAUUUAGUUCUCACCAUUCUGUUAGUAGCAAUUCUGGUUCGAACAACCUCGGCUUGGACUUCUCUGGUGGAUCGACGUCGAACAGCGAGGAUGAAUUUAAAAUUUUAAAGGAGGAAGAAAAUGAAGAUAAAUUUUUGGAAGAAAGAAGGCGAAAAAGAGAGGCAAUAAAAGAGCGACUUAAGGAUUUGGUGAGUGACAACGAAAAGGAGAACGAUGUGAUAAGCGGUGACCUCAGCGUCUUGGGCAAUGGUAACGAUGCCCUACGCAGCGGUAAGGAAGACCCAAGUGACAAUGUAAAAAAGGAGGAAGGCGAAGACGCCUUCUCCAGUUGCAACAAAAAUGACUUAGCCGAAAGUUUAAACGAGAUCCCCCCCAUGCUGGACGAUGUGGACCAUGAUGACGCGGCCUGUAUAUUCGCGCCGAACAAGGAAGUCAUGGGGGAAACCUGUUCGUCGCUAUCGUCCGACCACGAAAUGAUAGACGACAAACCGACCAAAGAGAAAAGCGAUUCGUUUAAGGAGUCCAGUGAUUUAUAUAGUGACUUAAAAAAGAAGAUUACGGAAGAGAAGGCCAAAAUUAGGGCCUUUAUAAUUAAGCAGAAGGAGCUCCACGAGCGAACCAAGAUGAACAUCGAGGAAGGACCUCUUACGAAUAAAAAUAAGGACGACGCAACAACCAGUAAGGGACUAAUGGCUAGUAAACCCCACGGAGUCGAAGAGUACGAAGAGGAAGACAACGACAAUGACGAGGUAGAUAUGUUCUCAAGUGUGCAACCAAGCAAAAAGAAAAAAAUCGAAAAAAUUAGAAUAACAAAUUAUUAUGCAUCUGACAAUGUGAACUUAGCGGAUAACUGGAACGACUCGGAGGGAUACUACAAGGCCAUCGUUGGUGAAGUCAUAGACAACCGCUACAGCGUCGUGUGCGAACUAGUCGGUAAGGGAGUCUUCUCCAACGUCUUAAAAUGUUACGACAAGGUGGGGAAAAUCCCUGUGGCUAUCAAAGUCAUUCGGGAUAACGAUAUGAUGAGAAAAGCGGCAGAGAAGGAAAUAUCCAUCCUAAAAAAGUUAAACGAGUAUGAUAAGGAUAACAAGAGACACAUCGUGCGUUUGUUGCGGAGCCUCAAGUAUAAGAACCACCUUUGCUUGGUUUUCGAGUGGAUGUGGGGAAACCUCAGGAUAGCUCUUAAAAAAUACGGCAAUGGGUACGGCCUGAACGCCACAGCCGUGCACUGCUACACGAAGCAGCUCUUUAUAGCCCUCAGGCAUAUGCGGAAGUGCAGGAUCAUGCACGCUGAUUUAAAACCGGACAACAUACUAAUCAAUGAAAAGUUCAACGCACUAAAGGUAUGCGAUUUGGGAAGCGCAAGCGACAUAUCAGAAAACGAAAUUACCUCCUACCUAGUUAGUCGAUUUUACAGAGCCCCGGAGAUUAUUCUUGGAUUUCGCUACGAUGCACAGAUUGACGUCUGGUCAGCGGCGGCCACCGUUUUUGAGCUCGCCACAGGAAAGAUCCUCUUCCCCGGGAAAUCGAACAACCACAUGAUCAAGCUCAUGAUGGAAUACAAGGGGAAGUUCUCCCACAAGAUGAUAAAGGGGGGUCAGUUCUAUUCGCAGCAUUUUAACGACAACCUGGACUUCAUCUACGUGGACAGGGAUUAUUACACGAAGAAGGAAGUGGUGCGCAUUAUAUCUGACUUGAGGCCCACCAAAAAUAUAACCUGUGAUUUGCUGGAGCAUCAAUACUGGUUGAAAGGGAAUAGCCCCAAGAUGCAAUUUUUAAAAAAAAAAAUAAAGCAGCUGGGGGACUUGCUGGAGAAGUGCCUCAUGCUGGACCCCUCCAAACGGUACACGCCAGACCAGGCCCUGCAGCAUCCCUACUUGAGGGAGUCCAUUCACUUUAGCAAAACGCAAAAUGAGUGA